AUGGAAAGCAUAACCUGUAAUGGAUCGUCAGACUCCUCAAUCAUCUUCUACCUUGUGGGCAUCCCCUCUCUGCCAAAAUCCUUCUUCUUUCCUAUCUUCUUUGUCUUUCUCCUCCUCUACCUGCUCAUCCUUAUGGGUAACACCCUAAUCCUGGUAGCUGUGGUGGCAGAGCCCAGCCUCCACAAGCCCAUGUAUUUCUUCCUGAUCAACCUCUCAACCCUGGACAUCCUUUUCACUACGACCACUGUUCCCAAGAUGUUGUCCCUACUCCUUCUUGGGGACCACUUCCUCAGCUUCCCUGCCUGUUUCCUGCAGAUGUACCUCUUCCAUAGCUUCUCCUGUUCUGAAGCCUUCAUCCUGGUGGUCAUGGCCUAUGACCGCUAUGUGGCUAUCUGCCGCCCACUGCACUACCCUGUCCACAUGACCCCACAGACCAAUGCUGCACUGGCGGCCAGUGCCUGGCUCACUGCCCUCCUCCUUCCCAUCCCAGCAGUGGUACAGACCUCCCAGAUGGCAUUUGACAACAUUGCCCACAUCUACCACUGCUUCUGUGACCACUUGGCUGUGGUCCAGGCCUCCUGCUCUGACACUACACCCCAGACGUUCAUGGGCUUCUGCAUUGCCAUGGUGGUGUCUUUCCUGCCCCUCCUCCUAGUCCUUCUCUCCUAUGCCCACAUCCUGGCCUCAGUGCUUCGCAUAAGCUCCCGAGAAGGCCGCUCAAAAGCCUUUUCCACCUGCAGUUCCCACCUCCUGGUAGUGGGCACCUACUACUCAUCCAUUGCCAUAGCCUACGUGGCCUACAGGGCUGACCUGCCCUUGGACUUCCACAUCAUGGGCAAUGUGGUGUAUGCCAUUCUCACACCUGUCCUCAACCCUCUCAUCUACACAUUGAGGAACAAGGAUGUCAAAGCAGCCAUCACCAAAAUGGCAUGUCCCCAGGAGUCAAAGAAUACUGGGAAGCUGUGA